GAAAACAAAGAGAAAAAAAAAGCCGCCCAACACUGAUGUCUGAUAUCGAGAUCCGAUGAGGUCAACAAAUGGGAUUUCUGAAAACGAAUAAGCCGUGAGCAAUUCUGUAGACCACAUCCACCACCUAUUCACAAUUGGGGAAUGGACAGGGCCUCGCCUAGAUCGACCAACCUUUCUGGAACCAGGGACGGCGCGUACACGCCGGGAUCAUGGCCGAGUCGGCGCCGGAGCACCCCAUGUUCAGCAUCAUUAAGAGCGCUGCUGUGGGUGGAGGCGUACCCCGCGUAGGCCGGCUCAUCCUUCCCAAGAGAACACCGCUCGAUACUCCCAACUACAUCGGCAUAUCUUCGCGAGGAGUGAUACCACAUCUGACGCCCGACGUCGUGUCAAAGCACACCGAUCUCGACGGCGUAUACAUGGGCCUCGAGGACUUUAUGGAGAGGUCUAAGGAGAGGGCGGAGCCAGCUAUCUUCGGCAUCAACGCCGAUGAGGGCGAUGCUCUGCACGUCUACACCGCCACACCCACUCCGAUAAUCACGGUGCUUGGUGCCCGAAGGCAUCCCGCUGUAGUGGCGCCCACAGGCAAUGGCAAGGACUAUAUAUCUAUUUAUACCUCGACGGGUUUCCAGAAGCUGAAAACCGACGAGUAUCACCGCGUUGCGGUGAAAUUACAGCCGGAUGUCACCAUCCCACUGGCCGACUUGACCUUUGGCUACUCACACAUGAGGACUAAGCUUCCCAACGCGAAACGUCAGCUCCGUAUGGUAGAGCGGACCGAGGAUUGGCUGGUCGAGUUUAUAAAACUGAACAGUGCCUAUAAUGGUGAUGUCGCCACCAAGCCGCGAGCCUUUGCCCCUCUUCUACCUGUCGACUAUCCGACGCAGUGGGAAUACAUAAACCGUCUUGCACAAGGCUACAUCGAGCAGAUAUCCGGCCUCGCCGUCUACGACGCGGAUGUCCUCUCUCACCUGGGGGAGUAUGAUUCCCUGAGCACGCUGCCGCGCCUCUCUAUGGACUUCAUCACAUCCCCGCACGAGAUCCUCCGUCAAGUUCAAUUGGGACUGGACAUAUUCACGGUGUCGUUCCUCAACAGCAUUUCGGAUGCCGGAAUCGCUCUCACCUUCUCGUUCCCAUCACAAGCGCCCUCGGUCUCGGGCGAACCGCUCCCGCUCGGGAUCAACAUGUGGUCUCAAGACCAUCAGGUAUCGUUAAAGCCGCUGGUGGAAGGAUGCCAGUGUUAUGCUUGCACCAAACACCACCGUGCCUAUCUGCACCACCUCUUGAAUGCCAAGGAAAUGCUAGGAUGGACAUUAUUACAGACGCACAAUCACCAUAUCUUAAGCGGUUUCUUUAAGGGAAUCCGUGCCUCGCUCGCUGCAGAACCCUCGACUUUCGAGCGCGACUGCGAUGUCUUUGCUAAAACGUACGAAAGCGAAUUACCGAAGGGCACCGGGGAACGGCCACGGGCACGUGGGUACCAUUUUAAGCCCCAGGCAGGGCAACCCAGGAUAAACGCGCGCGCCUGGGAGAAGUACGAUGACGGCGUGGUUGAGGACCCGGUCCUCGCUGGCGAGAUGGCAAAACUCGCGGUGAUAGGCAGUGACAUAGACGGUGUCGGAACGCCGCUUGCCACAGACGUCGACACUGAAGCUAGCAAGCUAGAUAAGAAGGACUUUGCCGACGUGGAGUCGUAAAAGUCUCCAUCCGACUGAUAAGAGGGCGAAUAAUCCGCUGCGCCAAGUUGUCUCGUAAAAUUAGGAGGGCCGUUGUCGGCUUGGCCGCCUUCGGGUUGGCGACUCAGACCCGCAUCGGCGUAGGUACUGCCCGGGCCGUCAGGGCGACGAUCACCACGUAAAUGGCGCGAGGCCGAAAGCAAAGUCUUGGUGAGCUUAAGAUGUGGGACCAUUCUGCGAGCACGUUGG